ACAGAGACGCAGCUUAAAAGACAUAACAGGGGACAGACGCGCAACACAAUUUGUCUCUUCAAAGGUUCAUCAUGAGGAUUGAGGUUGCUCUCCAGCUGGGCUUCUGUAGCCUGUGUCUAACCCUGACGCUUCUUGGAGGAGGAAUGGGAGUGGAUCUUCCUGAUCCACCAGCAGUUGACUGUCGUUAUAGCCUCUGGUCAGAGUGGAGUUCAUGUGAUCCUUGCACGAAAAUCAGAGGGCGUUCUCGGAGUGUAAUAGUGUUUGGCCAGUUUAAAGGUGCGUUGUGCCAUGAUUCAGUGGGGGACAGGCAGGGCUGUGUGACGGAUGCUCCAUGCGAGCUACCGCCUCCACCUGAAUGCUCCGACUCAGAGUUCCAGUGCGAAUCAGGUUCUUGCAUCAAGAAGAGAUUAGAGUGCAACGGGGACUAUGACUGCGAGGACGGAUCAGAUGAGGACUGUGAGCCUCUGCGUAAACCCUGUACUUCGCAAAUCCAGGAUACCAAUGAACAAGGCAGGACAGCAGGAUAUGGAAUCAACAUCUUGGGUGCAGAUCCUCGGAUGAACCCCUUCAACAAUGAUUACUUCAAUGGGAGGUGUGAUCGAGUGAUGAAUCCAAACUCCGGGAAGCACGACAGGCUUCCCUGGAACGUUGGUAGUUUCAGAUAUGAGACUUUAGCGGAAGAAACCACCUCCAAAGAAAUCUAUGAAAACACACACAGCCUCCUGAGGGAGGUGCUGAGAGAGAUGAGUGUUAAAGUUGAUGUUGGACUUUCCUUCAAAUUCAAACCAAGUGAGGAGUCCAUGUCCAACAAGUCUUCAAAGGUGGAUUUAAAUUACCAAAACGAGAAAACAACAAUGAUCAAUCAGGUCUCAAACUACUCCACCAUUAAGAACAAGAGCUUUAUGCGGGUGAAGGGCCGAGUGCAGCUGAGCACCUACAGGAUGCGCUCCCGUGAUCUUCAAAUGGCCGAUGAAUUCUUGGAGCAUGUCAAAUCUUUGCCUGUGCAGUAUGAGAAGGGGAUUUAUUUCGCCUUCCUGGAGGACUACGGAACUCACUACACCAAAAAUGGGAAGACUGGCGGCGAAUACGAGUUGAUCUAUGUUCUCAACCAGGACACCAUCAAGGCAAGAAAUCUCACAGAGAGAAAGAUUCAAGAAUGCAUCAAAUUAGGCAUCACGGCAGACCUUGGAAUCCCGGGUUUGGAAAAGGGACACCUGAAGAAUAAUGACUGUAAUAAUGUAACAAACAAAAACCAAGUUGAUAUUCACGGAAAAGCAACGGUGGACAAGGUGAUUACAUCAGUCAAAGGAGGCACUGUAGAAAGUGCCGUUACAAUGCGGGCUAAACUGAAUAAGGAAGGAGUGAUGGACCUCGCUACAUAUCAGAACUGGGCCCGGACCAUCGCUGACGUCCCUGCGCUGCUCAGCAGUGAGCCUGAGCCCAUCUAUAACUUAGUUCCAUUGGCUAUGCCAGACGCUAACGCCAGGAUAGCCAACCUGAGGCGGGCCACCGCGGACUACGUGGCAGAGUACAACGUGUGCAAGUGUAAUCCUUGUCAAAACGGAGGCACUCUAGCUCUGAUGGAUGGGAACUGUAUGUGCCUGUGCCCUCACCUGUAUGAAGGCAUGGCCUGCCAGAAUUACAAGGGUGAUAACGCUAAACACCCAGGUACCAGACCUACUGUCAAUCAGGAAGGUAACUGGUCGUGCUGGUCUAGCUGGUCCAGCUGUAGCGGAGGGAAACACACCAGGACACGCGGCUGUAACACAGCUGGGCUCCUUGGAGCUGUGUGCAGAGGAGACACCAGCAGUGAAGAACACUGCUAAGCAGAUGCAUGACCAUUUAUCAAUCUCCCCCCUCUCUCUGACAUGUCUAAAAGAUAGAAAUCUACAAAAAUGUCUGUCUUUACAUGCCUAAUCAGGAGAACAGAGCCAUGUUCAGGUUGGUAAUAGAUAAUGCAGGUCAUAAAAUUACACUUUGUUUUGUUUUUUUGAUGUUUGUUGUCAUUUAAAUGUAUAUAGUUUGAGAUCAACUGUAAAUGUAAAUAGAUUUAGUAGAAAAUAAGCUCUGUGAAACAUAAAGGAUCCAUCAGCACAUAUGUCUUCUGGGUUUUAGUACAAAUGAAACAACUUUAAUGAACAUUAAAAGCUACAAAAGAAGAAUAAAGUGUAACGUGUAUCAUUUUAAUAAAGAUGAAGGUGCCACAGUCCUUCUCUGUAUACUGUACACUUUGAUGUUUGAAGUAAAUCAACACCAUCAUUUAAUUGCC